GUCCGGAGAUCACAGAUGAGCUGGUGAAGGUUUUGAGGAAGCGUCUGGAUGAGACCACCCUGGACAUCAUCACCAUCAUGCUGGGCAGGAACUGCAAACUCACCCCUGCUGAUGUGGAGGUAAAUUAUUUGGUGCAUUAGUGUCACUCAUUCUUUUGAUGAAUUAUGAUUUAGUGGAGGCAGAGAUUUUAACUGAAACGUUUGGUUUGUUCUGUAGUGGAAAGGGGCUAAAUAUGCUGUUUUGGCUAGUUCAAAUGUUGCGACUUCCGCCCCCAGAAGUAGAGUUGAGAUUUGGUUCUGAAUCUCUUGUGGAAAAGACUACGUAAAAUGAGUUAUGGAUUUCAGAGAUUACUUAGUAUUUAGUAGGAAUGGGAGAGACAUUGAUGUGUUGCUUAAUUACGUGUUGAUGUUCUCCCCUCAGUUUAUCCAGCCGUCAGGCUCUCCAGCCACUGAGGUGAUGGAGUUUACUCUGCCGCAGUGCUUCAUGCCCUGGACCCUUGCUGUGGCCCACUACCUAAGGCAGAACCUGCUCAUCUUCCUCCACAUCCCCAAGUACACAGACAGCUACGUAGAACACCACUUCAAGGUAGGCUACACCACUAGUACACUACACUAGUACACUACACAAGUACACAGACAGCUACAGUACAUCGAUCACCACGUCAAGGUAGGCUACAGCCCAGCCUCACCCCGCAUACAGACAUUGGGGGCAAAAUCUGCUUCUGCUUCUGCAAGUGAAUGUCCCACCUAUCCCCCUCUUACAUUUGGAAGAAUUUAAACCAAUAUAAACCGACCUCUGAAUGCGGGGUAACAUUACUCACACCACUAGUGCUGCCCAAUUCAGAUCUUUUUUCCACUCUCUUUUGACCAAUCUAAUCAGAUCUUUUUCACAUCAGAUCUUUUUCAGAGCUGAUCUAAUUGGUCAAACGUUUUACAGCGAUGUAUUUGUCAGUUUUAAAGGAUGAUAGAAGAGGACCGUUCAAAUUAUGCAAGUGUGGUGUAUACAGUUCCCUAUGAAGGGGUGUAGGCUAGAUGUAUAAAAAGAGGAGUUUCAUUUUUAUGUAUGAAAUCAGCUCUCCCGAAAAUGUGCUGACUUCCUUAUUCGCUUUUGUUUUGUCGUCUGGGCUGAUGAUCUCUCUCUCUACUCUCUACUCUACUCUCACUCUCUCUUACUCUCUCUCUCUCUCUCUCCUUCCCCCCCUCUCUCAGCACUACUUCCAUCAGAGCAAUGAGCUACCUGACUCUGAUAUCUACCUCUACAAUAAGCCUGGGGGCCAGGGGACUGGAGGGAAAGGUAAUGACGUUAUUUCUCUCAGCUCAGCUAUCCCCGCACACACACCCUCCUCUCCCGCUCACUCCAUCCCUGCACACUGUCUAUCUCUCUCUCUCUUUCGCACACACACAUGCACGCGUGCAUACACACACGCGUAUCCCAUUGCAGUUGGCAUAGCGCACCCUACAUCUAAUUCACCACCUGAGAGUGGGUUUCUCUAUAAUUAGGUAGCCUUUGCUUGUUUUCUCUAAUAAUUUAUCUGCUGUAUAUCUCUCCUCUACUUGAUGGAUUUUGCUCUGCGGAGUCAGUUGUUGUUUUCCGUGUGUGUGUUUAUAAGCUGCUGACUUCGAGGGAGUGAUAUCACGGGUUGUGCUGACAGCCUCUUUCCCUAUUUAUACCUCCCACCACACUAAAUAAACGCACAGCAAAUUAGCACAGCACUGCUUUGCCUUGCAUAGUUAAAAUGCACUAAGCUGACUUCUCCUGUUCUGCUAAGACACUUCUAGGAUAGAAUGUUCGUUUCUCUGAUUAGUGCUACACUCGUUCUCCCAAGGUGACUGGAACAUCAGACUCUCCAACUUCCGUAUGCAGAGUGUGCUUUGGUGGUAACUUGCCAAAAAUGAAACUAGACUGAAUAAUUACCUGUUUUGUUGUGUAUUCCUCUGUUUGAGAAUCAGAUCAUUUUUCUCUGGUGACAGCACAUGCUAUUGCCGUGCGCCUGGGUGUGAUAUGGCCUCCUAUCAGUUAUGAUUAGCCUGUAGUAAGACAAUUCUCUAUCUAUCCUGUUGAUUAUAUAGUGUGUUGACAGCUAUAAUGAUUAAUACACGGUUCCUAUAUGAUGCCCACUACCUUCCUGUCGUUAUAAAUAAUGUUUCAAAACAAGAGGAACUUGAUACUGGCUGAUAUCUCACUUAAACUGACCUCUCUCUGCAGUGUCAUACUUAAGUACCAAGGCUGAUGUUUAUUCGAGGGGCUUUUUUUCUCCAAGUGCAUCCCAAAUGGCACCCUAUUCCUCAUAUAGUACACUAGUUUUGACCAGAGCCCUAUAGGCCUUGGUGCGCUAUAAAGGGAAUAGGAUGCCAUUUGGGACACAACCCAGGCUUUGCAUUCAUUUCCCAUGCAGUCUCGCUACUUUUUAAUUGGUGUGAAGGGAAGCUCUGACUUCAUCUCAUACAUUUUAAGUAUUGCACAACAAGGUGCUUAAAUUAUUUGAUUUUACCUGAUCCCUGCCUGGUGUGAGAAUAUAUCUGGUGCAGACUGAAGGUUUAGUUUUGCACUGUUGUAUUCCACUGCCAGCUUAUUAAGAAACAGUUUUCUAAUUUGCCACAUUCAUCUUAUAGAAAAGUCACAGCCUAAAAUACACAUCUACUGUGCUUGAGUACUGUGGAAGGAACUUUAGUAUGGGCUGCUGCUUCAGUGAUUCCAUCUCAGAGAGCUUAUAGACAUAGUUUUAUUGCAGAAUACAGACAGAGACAUUUUCCUCUUACAAAUAACUGUGCACGAAGGCCCUGCAACAAAUAACUAAUAUAAUAACUCAUAUAUGUUAUUAUAUGUGUGAUAAAAUAGUAGCAAUAUCCGUGUUUAAAGGAAGUAAAAGAGUGUAGUGCCAGGCUAGUGGAGGCCUAGCUCUGGUCCAGGGAGUUAGUACGGCUAGUUAACGCUGAGCCUUCUUUAAAGCCGCACUAACACCCUGAACCAGAGCUAGUGAAGGUCCAGCAGAGAGUUGCACAAUUUUGGUAACUAUCCCCAAAUUUCCAGGUUUUCCAAUAAUCCUGGUUGGAAGAUUUGCAGAAUCCGUAGGGAAUAAGCAGGAAAUCCGAAACCCUCCGACCAGGAUUUCUGGAAAACCUGUGAAUUUUGGUAAAGUUAGUGGAAGCCUUUGCAACCCUAAUUAGUGAUGAUCUUAUGAUGCUGUUCCACUAACUCCCCUCAUUCCUUAUCAGUUUGCAGUACUUUGUACACAGUUUGCAACAUACCAUACAUUACCUUAGCAGCUGAUGCACCAUCUGGCCUUCAGAAAGGAGCUGAUGAGAAACACCUCUCAUAUCAUAUCUGAUGAUAGUAGAAGGUCAUGUAUUGAGGGUAUGUACAGUUGAAGUCGGAAGUUUACAUACACUUAGGUUGGAGUCAUUAAAACUCGUUUUUCCAACCGCUCCACAAAUGUCUUGUUAACAAACUAUAGUUUUGGCAAGUCGGUUAGGACAUCUACUUUCUGCAUGACAAAAGUAAUUUUUCCAACAAUUGUUUACAGACAGAUUAUUUCACUUAUAAUUCAAUGUAUCACAAUUCCAGUGGGUAAGACAUUUACAUACACUAAGUUGCCUGUGCCUUUAAACAGCUUGGAAAAUUCCAGAAAAUGAUGUCAUGGCUUUAGAAGCUUCUGAUAGGCUAAUUGACAUAAUUUGAGUCAAUUGGAGGUGUACCUGUGGAUGUAUUUCAAGGCCUACCUUCAAACUCAGUGCCUCUUUGCUUGACAUCAUGGAAAAAUCAAAAGAAAACAGCCAAGACCUCAGAAAAAAAAUUGUAGACCUCCACAAGUCUUGUUCAUUCUUGGGAGCAAUUUCCAAACGCCUGAAGGUACCACGUUCAUCUGUACAAACAAUAGUAUGCAAGUAUAAACACCAAGGGACCAUGCAGCCGUCAUACCGCUCAGGAAGGAGACGCAUUCUGUCUCUUAUAGAUGAAUGUACUUUGGUGCAAAAAGUGCAAAUCAAUCCCAGAACAACAGCAAUGGUCCUUGUGAAGAUGCUGGAGGAAACAGGUACAAAAGUAUCUAUAUCUACAGUAAAACGAGUCCUAUAUCGACAUAACCUGAAAGGCCGCUCAGCAAGGAAGAAGCCACUGCUCCAAAACCGCCAUAAAAAAGCCAGACUACCGUUUGCAACUGCACAUGGGGACCAUGUACUACCAAAUACUAAUUGAGUGUAUGUAAACUUCUGACCCACUGGGAAUGUGAUGAAAGAAAUAAAAGCUGAAAUAAAUCAUUCUAAUAAAGUGGUGAUCAUAACUGACCUAAAACAGGGAAUUCUUACUCGGAUUAAAUGUCAGAAAUUGUGAAAAACUGAUUUGAAAUGUAUUUGGCUAAGGUUUAGGGGUCCCGUGUAGCUCAGUUGGUAGAGCAUGGCGCUUGCAACGCCAGGGUUGUGGGUUCGAUUUCCACGGUGGGCCAGUAUGAUAUUUUUUUUUUUUAAAUAAUAAUGUAUGCACUCACUAACUGUAAGUCGCUCUGGGUAAGAGCGUCUGCUGAAUGACUAAAAUGUUUAUGUAAACUUCCGAACUUCCGACUUCAACUGUAUGUCUGUCUGUCUGUUGACUCAGGUACCAUGUCGGACCUCGUUCAGCACCUCUUCCCACCCUCUCAGUUCCAAGGUAUCAUGUUUUAUGAACCCCUAGCAACCUUGGCUCUACUGGCCUGGCUGGCUGGGGGUGUUCUGCUCUUACCUCAUUUUCCCUAUGGCUUUAUGUGGCAGUGCUUUACUCUUAAGGUUGAUUGGCUCUUUGGAAUUAAAUUGGCUGUACUUCAACAGCAGUAGUCUUUACUGUGGAACGGAUUGCUUAUUUGAGUUGCCCUUUGCUCUCUGCAUUACUUUUUAAGUGGCAUGCAGAGUGACCUGACUGUUCUUUCUUUCCUUAAUGUAGUCUGGAACAUUCACAGCCUUUAAAGCUUCAAUGUGUUCUUGACUGGCUUUGGUCUUGGUUAUAAGGGCUUCUGCAGUCUAUCAAGAGAUGCUGCUCAAUGAGAAAUUGAAUGGAAAAUAAUCAAGCAUAGGAAUAUGUGUGCAUUAGUUUAAUAGCAUCCAGCUAUUAAACUAAAUGGAAUGUUUUUUCCAAUUAGGCAAUGAUAUUUACGUCUGAUGAGAUAUAGGCUGGUUAAACACAGGGCUACUGCAGUGUACUCAUUGAUAUUGAAAUAAUUCUGUUGAGUAGAAUGAAAUAAUGGUAUAGUCUUUUAUUCACCAUCUUUCCUAUAGAAAGGUUAUCUUUAGAACUGUAGAGCUCUUUUCGUUCCGAGAAAGGCUAUGAUAUGUAGCCUAAUGUUUGUCAAAUGUAAUAUUUCAGUGUGUUCUUUUUAAAAAUUUGAAUUAAGGCUGAGACAGUUUGAAAAUGUCACUUCGGUCCUGUCUUGUCUGACUAGUGGAUGUCAGUGUGACUUCUUCAAAGACUGCGGAAAGGAUCCAUAGUCCAGACUAACCGUGAUGUAAUUGACUGAGUGAUUGCCUGGCUCAGGGCCUACAGGAUAACGGCAUGGCCUUGUCUUGUAGCUAGAGCCCCAUCAGCUCUAAAUCCUGUUUUCUGGCUGCCACCACUAUGGAUGUGCUGUAGCAAUCUGUUGCCUCAUCGCCCUGGCUGACACAGGCAGCCAUCACAGAACCUGGACAGCCUAUCAGAGGCUGCAUUCCAAAUGGCACCGUAUUCCUUAUAUAGUGCACUACUUUUGACCAGAGCCAUAAGGUCCCUGGUCAAAAGUAGUGCACUAAAUGGGGAUUAGGGUACCAUUUGGGACAAAGCCACUCACAUUAAAGCCACCGUGGAGGGUCUGCUGAGCCCAAAAGGACUCCUGCUGCAUUGUGGUGUUUGUGUGUACGUGUGCGACUCGCAGGUGACGGCCCAGUCAGUCCGUCAGACCUCAUAAACCACCCUGCUAAAGUAGCCAAAGAAAAAUGGAUUGGAGUCUCUGCAAAACACAAAUUGCAAACACAUCAAGUCACUCGCGCCGACUGACCUGUUCAGUCAUCAGAAUACACAAGCACGUUGUAGUAGUAGUAGCCAAACCUUCUGGAGAGAAACAGUAACAUUUAUAAGUGGGCUUAGUGGUUUGAGAAUGACAUGUGGCUGCUUUGUUGACUAGCUGGCUGCAAUAGGCAGAUACACGCGCACGCACACAACAUGCACACACAGGCACACACAGGCACAGGCAAGCGGUGUGGCAUGACUGUCUGCAGUCAGUGUGAAGCCCAGUCCAGUGCAGCGUGUUGUAGAAGAGAUGGCCGUGUGUGUGUUACUGAUUUAUUCCAGGUGAUGAAUGUAAUGCAUCUAUGUCUCCCGCCAGCCUGCCAGGUACACCAGCCUAACAAUCACUACUCCACGCAUGCCUCUGCCCACUAAUGGUGCAAGCUAAUAGCCAUAGCCGUAUCAAACCAAACAUGGGGUCCGGGCAGAUUGGCGGUAAUAUUAUUUAACGCAGGUGUCAUGUAUGGGUGAGGAAUGCCUGUACGGUGCAGGUUUUAUGAGGUGAAUAGCUGAAGCAGGGUGAUGGGGUGAGAAUCAGAAGACAAGGCUGUCUGGGUUGGUGUUGGGAUGGAACAUCAACUGUGUUGUAGUAGAAAGGUCAUGGUUUGUACAUUUUAUACUGUAGUUCCUCUGAUGUUGAUGCAGGAGAAUAUCAGACAAGAGUCAAUGGAGAAUCUCUGUAGUUUAUAAUGGCACACAAAGUCGUUGUUCUUUAUUGCACUCCAAAACUGAACUUAAUUGCACUUGAAAAAUAUGUUUAGAGUUUAGAUACAAACAACAUGCACAAUAAUCAAGGUUAUUGUUAAUGUAGAAAAAACACUAUCCGGCUCGAAGGACCAUUAAAAAGAGCACCACCUUUAUUCAUCCUCUAGUUAGUCUAUCAGUGUAUCUCUGGGUCACCCUGUCCUCCACAUUUCACCUGUUCCCUUCAGGUAUCGCCUGUAUCGCCCUGUCGUUCGUUGAUGCUCAAGGCUGCCCUCUUCAGGUUCCUGCCCAGGACUGCGCCACACCACCCAGAGGGGAUGCAUCCACCAUCCUCCUACAGCCGGACCAGUUUGACGCCCUGACAACUGUCAUCAAGGUGGACUCCAACAACCUCAGCUCAGGUAAAGCCUGGUAGGGUUUCUUUUAGAGAUCAGGGUCCUGUAUCGGAAAACAAAAAUGAAUGUUUCAUAUUGGACAGGUUCAGAUAAUACCUCUCCGUUUCGUUCCUGAUGACCAUGACAAGGCCAGAGUAGCCAGGACAACCUUUGGCGGAGUUGUUGCUGUGUCUCUUUCUUCUCAAAGAGUGUCAUAAAAUGUGUUUACUAUUAUGUGCUGCAUUGUUUAUUUGUAUUAAGUGAUUUUAUGAAAUAUAUUUUGCACUGGGGAAGUAUUUGAGAAUUGUAAAACUUCUUCAUUUCACAAGAGAUUAAUUUAUACGCAGAGCAAUAAGUCAUACAUAAUGUUCUCUCUCUGGAAUGAAAUGUCAAGUCACCUUGAAUAGGACUGCUAAAGCUGUUUGCAUAAUGAUGGUCAUUGCACAAGGAGUUUUUAUUCCCUCUUUCUGAGAUACAGGGAUUGUAUUUUUCAAUGUGACAUUGAGUUAAAUUGAAUGAAAUUAUGAACUUUUUAGUUUUUGUUUAAAAAAACUCUAAAACAUCAUCCAACUAAUUACGUGCAUAAAAAAUGUUUUAUUCGCAUAUAGCUACCAACUUUAAUUGGCAAAUAUGAUUUAUGCUUCCUAGUUUGUUUGAGAAAAUGCAAUUAGUUCUGAGAGUAAAAAUAACCUCAUGUGGUAAUCUACUGCGUUGCCAUGUGUUUGUGUAAGGUUAUUCAUUAGAGGCCUACUACCUGAGCUGUUUAAACUCUGCUGGGCUCUGCUCUACUGGCCUGUCUAUUACACCAUCAUUAAUCAGGUGUGCUCUGCACUAGCCUGGUCGCAGAUGUGUGUGUGCUGUAUAGCCAACUACUAUGCUCAUAGUCACAAUGUGAUGAUUGCCAAGACAGCACCAUUAGAAUUGGGACCAGGCUAGUUCAAUGACAAUAGGAGCUGGCAAGACAGCACAAACAGACCUGGAACCAGGCUCUAGUAGUUCUGCUCAUGCUCAGUGCAAUUCUCAUUAGUCAGUAAUCUGUCCUUCCUUCUUCCUGACAGGGCCAGAGAUGAGGGUGCGUUUUGACAUCUGGGAGCAAGGUAACGUCUCCCCCCUCCAGCUGACUGACAAGCUGCGAGGAGCCCUGCGCCACGCCCUCUGUGAUGUCAUCAUGGAACUCCGGGUCCUGCCGAAUCCCCUGUGUCUGGAGACAUUCUGCGCUACACCGGGGAGAGGGCGGAGAGAGGACUCAACUAACAGUGAGGAACUAUAACUACCUUUAAAGUACCUGCGUGGCAAUGCUGGGACGAUCAACAGAAAAUGAUCGACACCGAUCACUUAUCACAGGCAUUUUGCUGAUAUUGUUCAUUGUGAUAACUAGCCUAUACUAGAGAAAUGUGAAGGUUGAAAUGAAAGUUUGCUAAUAUGGGUGAUUGUUGAUGGGACAAUUGAUGGCUACAACAUCAAACUAGUAGUAGUAGUUUAAAGGAUAAUUUAAAAUAAACUGGUGCAGAUUGUUAUAAACGUAUCAUAUCGUUAUCGCAUCAAUUCAGGCGAUUUAUCGCAAUAUGGAUUGUUGUCCAUAUAACACACCUCUACUGAUUAGUACACAUUGUUGCCUUUGGCCUGCACAACAAAUACACAUGCUUUAUUGGUCUUCUUGGAAAGUGAAUUCAAAUUGUUGUAUAAUUCAGUCUAUGUUAUCAAUUCAUGUUAUCAGGUUCAUCCCUUGUCUAUCUCCACAUCUUUUCUUUAGGUCUUUUAAGUCCUCCUCCAUUGGAAGCAAAGGUGAAUGAACUGGAGGUUAGGGAAGUGAAAGAAGUGAAGGAAUUUAAGGACAGCUUCCGGCCUUGUAGUGGCUCUAGGAGGGUUAAGAACAGCCCCUCCCCUAUCACCCUGAUUCCUGCCCCCCCUGGGACCACCCCCAACACCGGACCAAGUACACCUGAGUCCACUACACCCACCGGCAAGACCACCCGCCGAAGCUUCUGGGAAAUACUGGUGAGUGGAGUUCUCUUUCAUUGGUUUUGUGACGUUUUUUAAGACAGGAUUUUGUCCCAAAUGGUACCCUAUUCCCUAAUGCACUACUUUUCUAUUUCUGCUAGAGUGGCCAACAAUAGUUUACUGUAUAGGGAAUAGUGCCAUUUCACAAUCUUUCAUAAAACAUUUUUGUGUGUCUCAUCUGAGUUAGUUCUGUCAGUGAUACAUCCAUCCGAGAUCAAUAUUAUAUCUAUAGUUGGAUUAUGAACCACCAUGUUGCUGUUUUAUUCAGUAGUAAAGAGUGGUGAUGAAAUUGUGAUCCUCCCUAUAGAGCAAGCCAGACUCAUCUGAGCUGGGGAGCCCUAAGACGACAGACGACAUUGUGCAGGAGAAGGGAGAGGAGGGUCGGACACGCAGGAGACACAAGACGGAGAACGUGAAGCAGCAGUGGAGCCAGGAGAAGGCCAUGGCUGUAGAGCUGGAGCAGGCCCAGAGGUUAGCAGAUACACACAACACAGGCUGGAUUUAGAUCUGGGUUCAAAUAGUAUCGCUUUUCUUCCAAAUGCUUUUUAUUUUAUUUUCUGUCUGGUGUUACAGAUGGGCAGAGUUAGAACUAUUUCAUUGGUUUCAUUGUGACAGGCAAGCUCAAUCAGGUACUUUUUCGUCAAGUAGACAGAAAAUACCACUUGAACCUAGGUCUGGUCUCCACCGUUUAAUGUGAGCGGAUUCAAUAUCUCCUUAAGCCAAGGAGAAAGCACUGAGCUACACUCACCAGCCAGUUUAUUAAGUACACCCAGUCGGGACCCCCCUUUGCCUCCAGAACAGCCUGAAUUCUUCAGGGCAUUCUACAAGGUGUAGGAAACGUUCCACAGGGAUGUUGGUCCAUGCUGACGCAAUGUCAUCACGCAGCUGCUGCAGAUUGGACGGCGGUACAUUCAUGCUGCGAAUAGCCCGUUCCAUCUCAUCCCAAAGAUACUCUAUUGGGUUGGGGUCUGGGGACUGCGCAGGCCACUCAAGUAAACUGAACUCGCUGUACCUAAUAAGCUGUCCCGUGGAGUGUAUGGAGAAAGGCAGGAUCCAUGAUUGGCUGAGAUAAUGGAGGGGGAUAAAAGAGAGUAAUUUCUGGAGGACAAUGCCAUGCUGACUAAUGCGUUUACAUAUGAAUUCUUAAAGAGAUGGGUGGGGCUACGGCUUAAGAGGGUGUGACUGAUGCUGAAUGGGCGUAAACAAAGAAGAGCUCUUUAGAAAGUGUGAAAAUCAUUCAAAGGCUUUUUCUCCUACUUGUCUCCAAAGGAUAGGUUUAUAUAAUAAUAAUAAAAAGCAUGACUUUCCAAUGCUUCCCCCAGCUGCAGUGUACACAUACAUGUAUAGUGCAUUCGGAAAGUAUUCAGACCCCUUGACUUUUUCCACAUUUUGUUAUGUUACAGCCUUAUUCUAAAAUGGAUUCAAUUGUUAUUUUUCCUCAUCACAAUACCCAAUAAUGACAAAGCGAAAAUAGGUCUUUUGAAUUUUUUGUAAAUUUAUAAAAAAUAAAAAAUGGAAAUACCUUAUUUACAUACAAUACAUUCGGAAAGUAUUCAGACCCCUUGACUUUUUCCACAUUUUGUUACAUUACAGCCUUAUUCUAAAAUGGAUUUUUUCCCCUCAUCAAUCUACACACAAUAGCCCAUAAUGUCAAAGCAAAAACAGGUUUUUAGAAAUUGUUGCUAAUUUAUUAAAAUAAAUGAAAUAUUACAUUUACAGACCCUUUACUCAGUAAUUUGUUGAAGCACCUUUGGCAGCAAUUGCAGCCUUGAGUCUUCUUGGAUAUGACGCUACAAGCUUGGCACACCUGUAUUUGGGGAGUUUCUCUCAUUCUUCUCUGCAGAUCUUCUCAAGCUCUGUCAGGUUGGAUGGGGAGCAUCGCUGCACAGCUGUUUUCUGGUCUCUCCAGAGAUGUUCGAUCGGGUUCAAUUCCGGGCUCUGGCUGGGCCACUCAAGGACAUUCAGAGACUUGUCCCUAAGCCACUCCUGCGUUGUCUGGGCUGUGUGCUUAGGGUCGUUGUCCUGUUGGAAGGUGAACCUUCGCCCCAGUCUGAGGUCCUGAGUGCUCUGAAGCAGGUUUUCAUCAAGGAUCUCUCUGUACUUUGCUCCGUUCAUCUUUCCCUCGAUCCUGACUAGUCUCCCAGUCCCUGCCGCUGAAAAACAUCCCCACCUCAUGAUGCUGCCAGGUUUCCUCCAGAUGUGACGCUUGGCAUUCAGGCCAAAGAGUUCAAUCUUGGUUUUAUCAGACCAGAGAAUCUUGUUGAGAGUCCUUUAGGUGCCUUUUGGCAAACUCCAAGCAGGCUGUCAUAUACCUUUUACUGCUUCCGUCUGGCCACUACCAUAAAGGCCUGAUUGGUGGAGUGCUGCAGAGAUGGUUGUCCUUCUGGAAGGUUCUCCCAUCUCCACAGAGAAACUGUGGAGCUCUGUCAGAGUGACCAUCGGGUUCUUGGUCAACUCCCUGACCAAUGCCCUUCUCCUCCGAUUGCUCAGUUUGGCCGGGCGGCCAGUUCUAGGAAGAUACUUUUUUGGUACCCUUCCCCAGAUCUGUGCCUCGACACAGAUCUGUCUCGGAGCUCUCUAUUUCGACCUCAUGGCUUGGUUUUUGCUCUGACGUGCACUGUCAACUGUGGGACCUUAUAUAGACAGGUGUAUGCCUUUCUAAAUCAUGUCCAAUCAAUUGAAUUUACCACAGGUGGACUCCAAUCAAAUUGUAGAAACAUCUCAAGGAUGAUCAAUGGAAACAGGAUGCACCUGAGCUCAAUUUCGAGUCUCAUAGCAACAAAAAAACGGUUUUUGCUUAGUCAUUAUGGGGUAUUGUGUGUAGAUUUAUGAGGGAAAACAUUUUUUUUGUCAAUUUUAGAAUAAGGCUGUGAGGUAACAAAAUGUGUAAAAAGUCAAGGGGUCUGAAUACUUUACGAAUGCACUGUUUCUUCGGGACAUAAGCUCACCUUCCUGAAUUCAGUCACAAAUAUGGAGUUUCUGUCAGUAGUAUUGCACUGUUUAAUGGGUGUGUAUGUUCCAACAGGAGACACGUGUCCCAGCUAGAGGAGGGUGACGUUGGGACCCUGCACCCUUUAUACCAGGUCACCUGUCAGCCCUGGAUCACCUUCAUGGCUAAACUUGGUGAGUGUGUUUUCUUUUCUUUUCAUGGCUGAGCUCCUCUGCCCUGUCAUCUGCCCUCUCCUUUGCGCUCCCCUUUGCACUCCACUUACCCAUCUCCUUAUUUCUGCUGGAGUGGAGUGGAGAGGAGAGAGGAGAGGGGGUAAUAGAAAAUAUUGGCUGCAUCCCAAAUUGCACUCUAUUACCGCUAUAAAACCCUUGAUGGGCUCUAGUCAAAAGUAGUGCACUAUACAGAGAAUAGGGUGCUAUUUGGGACGAUACCAUUGUCUCCUAUCUAUUUUCUGCGAGUGGCUUUCAAUGUUAAGGUUAACUCUCAUUUUCUCUAGUUCUUCUCCUUUUCUCUCAUUCUUUCUCUGGUGUAAAUAGGAUGCCCGUCGAUUCAGCAGUGCACAGCUGAGAUUGCCUCCCAGUUCCUGCUUCCACCCAUCCUGACAGAGAUUGUCAAUCUGGUCAGCUCCCUGGCCUGUGACACGGCAGUCAAGGUGUUUGAGAGGACAAGGUAGGUCAUUUGAAAUAAUCAAGUCAAUCAUUGGAAAGACACAGUCACUGGAAUUAAUCAAGCAUACAGAUAUGUGUACAUUAUUUUAAUAUCUUCCAGCUAGUUUGGAAAGAGUGUAUAUCAGGAAAGCAUCUAUAUACAUUUUUCUAAAAUCAUAAACACAUUUUGUGCUUCAUCUUUCAAGCUAGUGUUAUAAGGAUAUUGUUUUGGUAUAAAGUUACUUUAUCAUGGUUUUGUGUUUUUGUUUGGUCCCCUAGUUGUCUCCAAAGAGACAUAUUUGUUCCCCUGACUUUGAUCCACCACCUCAGCCAACCACCUACCACCUCUAGAACCUUCAUCCUCAUUGGACGGAACUUCCACCAAUGGCAUUGCAGCACAGAGCAAGGUACCUGCAUAAGCCAGAGUUCUAUUAUCCCUGUGCUUUGAAAGUAGUCACUGUUCACUGUUUGCUUAACCUAAUGUGACAGGUGUAAAAAGACGCCUGAGCAGAGGUCCCACAUCCGGUUUUCAGCGGAAGAGGAAGCUAGGUUGACUUAGCUUUAUCCCUGGAAACCGGAUGCAUCCGGCUGUUAGCAAUUCCGCUAAGGGUGCUGUUCACUUGACCCUUGAUUUUAUUGGCUUAUUAGAUUCAUGGAGUUAAACAUAAUCAUUGCCCUUUACUAGCAUUUGAUGCUCAUUUUAUACUUCAAAUUAUGCCUCAUUUCCUUAUUUAGUUUUGGGAAAUAAAAAAAUUAUGAGGUACCUUUUUCCCCUCUGUAACUUUGGGAUUCUGUGGUCAACCAUGCUUUACUAACUGACUUUAUGGAAGCACCAAAUUGACAAAUGAAAAAGUGAGAAAUACAGUGCCUUGCAAAAGUUCAUCCCCCUUGGCAUUUUUCCUAUUUUGUUGCAUUACAACCUGUAAUUUAAAUGGAUUUUUAUUUGGAUUUCAUGUAAUGGACAUACACAAAAUAGUCCAAACUGGUGAAGUGAAAUGAAAAAAAUAACUUGUUUCAAAAAAUUAUACAAAAUAAAUAACAGAAAAGUGGUGCGUGCAUAUGUAUUCACACCCUUUGCUAUGAAGCCCCUAAAUAAGAUCUGGUGCAACCAAUUACCUUCAGAAGUCACAUAAUUAGUUAAAUAAAGUCCAUCUGUGUGCAGUCUAAGAGUCACAUGAUCUGUCACAUGAUCUCAGUAUAUAUACAGCUGUUCUGAAAGGCCCCAGAGUCUGCAACACCACUAUGCAAGGGGCACCACCAAGCAUGCGGCACCAUGAAGACCAAGGAGCUCUCCAAACUGGUCAGGGACAAAGUUGUGAAGAAGUACAGAUCAGGGUUGGGUUAUAAAAAAAUAUCUGAAACUUUGAACGUCCCAUGGAGCACCAUUAAAUCCAUUAUUAAAAAAUUGAAAGAAUAUGGCACCACAACAAAUCUGCCAACUCACGGACCAGGCAAGGAGGGCAUUAAUCAGAGAGGCAACAAAGACACCAAAGAUAACUCUGAAGGAGCUGCAAAGCUCCACAGUGGAGAUUGGAGUAUCUGUCCAUAGGACCACUUUAAGCCGUACACUCCACAGAGCUGGGCUUUACGGAAGAGUGGCCAGAAAAAAGCCAUUGCUUAAAGCCAUGUGGGAGACUCCCCAAACAUAUUGAAGAAGGUACUCUGGUCAGAUGAGACUAAAAUUGAGCUUUUUGGCCAUCAAGGACAACGCUAUGUCUGGAGCAAACCCAACACCUCUCAUCACCCCGAGAACACCAUCCCCACGGUGAAGCAUGGUGGUGGCAGCAUCAUGCUGUGGGGAUGUUUUCCAUCGGCAGGGACUGGAAAACUGGUCAGAAUUGAAGGAAUGAUGGAUGGCGCUAAAUACAUGGAACUUCUUGAGGGAAACCUGUUUCAGUCUUCCAGUGAUUUGAGACUGGGACAGAGGUUCACCUUCCAGCAGGACAAUUACCCUAAGCAUACUGCUAAAGCAACACUUGAGUGGUUUAAGGGGAAACAUGUAAAUGUCUUGGAAUGGCCUAGUCAAAGCCCAGACAUCAAUCCAAUUGCGAAUAUGUGGUAUAACUCAAAGAUUGAUGUACACCAGCGGAACCCAUCCAACUUGAAGGAGCUGGAGCAGUUUUGCCUUGAUGAAUGGGCAAAAAUCCCAGUGGCUAGGUGUGCCAAGCUUAUAGAGACAUACCCCAAAAGACUUGCAGCUGUAAUUGCUGCAAAAGGUGGCUCUACAAAGUAUUGACUUUGGGGGUUGAAUAGUUAUGCACGCUCAAGUUUUCUGUUUUUUUGUCUUAUUUCUUGUUUGUUUCACAAUAAAAAAAUAUUUUGCAUCUUCAAAGUGGUAGGCAUGUUGUGUAAAUCAAAUGACAUAAACCCCCCAAAAAUCCAUUUUAAUUCCAGGUUGUAAGGCAACAAAAUAGGAAAAAUGCCAAGGGGGCUGAAUACUUUCGCAAGCCACUGUACUACAUUAGCUUAUAGUGAGAGAUAUUAUUAUGAUGCUCAGCCACCCAGCUAGCAGGCAGACCAUAGCAGAACUGGGCACAAACCCAAAUACUCUAUCCUAACCCAACCUGGAACAUUUGCAGCUAACUGACUUCCAAAUUACUCAUUGCAUCAAAUCUGUUAGAUAGAUUCUCUCACUUCAAAAACAACACUGCAUUUCAAUGGCAUGUUACUAUUAACUAUUACUAAUUAUCAACUGUAGAUGAGUGUAGAAGACUAAGUGCAUGAUAUACAUAAAGGUAUUAUUUCUAAGCUUACUGUGACAUGACGUGCUCUGUCUGCUACUGCGCUUGGGUUCUGUUCUCUCUCCUCUGUCCCUCUCUGACAAUCAAAGCAACAUUUUUAAAAACUGUUACUGUUAUUUCUUCUUUCUUUUGCAAGCAUCUCUGUGUCUGUCUGUCUAGUGUUAGCUGAGUGUCUCUGUGUAGCUACUGUAAACCUGUCUGUUGUCAGUGCCUGCACCCUGCCAAUAUCAUGCUGUUUUGUUUGUGCUCAUCUCCGUUUGCCCACAGAAGACAGUUCAGAUGAUGAAAACACCCCUGAGAUUAGUAGGUUCACACGUAAGUCUGACUUUGCCCCCUCCUCAUAGUAGGUUCACAUGUAAGUUUACCUCCAGCCAGCCCCAACCAAGCAACGCUGGCUCUGGGCUAUUCUGGUUUCAUUUAUAUAUUUCUUAAUUCAUACAAUUUUCUAAGCCAUUAUUAGCUGUUCUAUUUACCUAUUAAGCCUAAAAGAAUGUGUCCAAAAAAAACAGAAUCUCUGCUGCAUAGAUAGGUAUUUUUUGGAAUGUAAAGCUUUGUACUGAAUGCUUCACUGAAUGCAUGGCGUGAGCUGUGCAUCAUAUACUCAUGUUGCUUAUGUAGCUUAAUACGGAUGACCUUAUACCUGUGGAAUAUGAAGAGUUCACACAGUUUCCUCUGUGCCGUCUCCCUCAAACUUGAUAUUUCAAUUCCAAAUGUCCAAUCAAAUCUCACAAUUUUUACUCUCAAGCUAAACUCUCUGGCUGUCUGGCAAAAUAAUAGUCCAUUUCCUAGAAAGGAAAGGUUUCUUUCUUCUUCUUCUCCGCAGCAGAGUAGCAGAGUAGCCCCUUGCACGCCUCUCAAAGGAUGGAUCUGUGAAUAAUUGUAUGCAACCGGCCCUGGGGGCUUAGAAAACCCUGCUGAGACAUUCUCUGUCUGAUAGGACAUAAUGAGAACCGUUUAUUAUUUAAUCUUAAUAGCAUCAUAUUCAGAAAUCACUUUCCCACCAUAAGGUGACUGACUGUCUGUUUAAUCAUAUACUUGAUGGUAAAUAAGAGAUGAAAGAUUCUCAGUCUGUGACAUUAAGGUCCCCUUGUUAAAUUGAUUGUCAACCUGAGUCUAUUCUACUGUACCGUCCUUAUCUUAGAGACUGUGCCAGAGUCUGGUUCAGCUCAGGUUCUCUCCUGUCUGUCCUCUGUCUGCUGUGUCAGGUUGGGGUCGAUUCCAUUACAAUUCAGUCAAUCCAGGAACUAAACUAAAAGUCCAAUUCCAAUGUGCCUCAUUGCUUGUCAAUAAAGACAAAAUGGAAUUGGAAUUUCAGUUUACUUUCAGUAUUGACUGAAAUAAAUGGUAUUGACCCCAAACCUGGUCUGCAUCCUUCCCCUGUGUCCCACUCUCACUGUCUUCUCUCUCCCUAUUGGUCCAGCUCAUAAGGGCUUCCAGCGCUUCGAGGCCUUGGAGCAGUCUGAUUGGUUCAGCCCAGGGCAGGCCUCGAGGGGUGUGGCCCCAAGACAGAGGUUCCUCCUCAUACACAUCCUGGAUAAGAAGGUGAGUAGGUAUGGGAGUGAGUUGUUGGUGGGUGUGGGUAUGUAUGCACAAUUUGGCCCAUUUAUUUCUACCCAUAGGCUAUGUGACGUGGGUUGAUCUCAAUCUCAAUGUUGAUCUAAGUCUCUCCCGCCCUCUCUCCCCCUCUCCCUCCCUCUUCAGGUGACCCUGUACACCUAUAACUGGUCAGUGGACCUUGGUGUGUCUCUGAACCGGGGACUGGUCAGGCUGGUCCAGUGGCAGAACGCCAGGUCCCACGUUAUCCACUGUCUCCUCAAUCAGAAGAUGGGCCUCUUCCACCACUACUGCUUCUCUGACACACCGGCCCACGAAGACCUCAAUAAGGUAAACGUUUCUCAGAAUCAGAAUCACCUUUACUCGCCAAGUACAUUUACUGUACCAUGAAUUUGAACUGGGGAAGUGGUGCUGACAUCGCCUUACAACACUGUCAAUCUCACACAGAUCCAUCAUUCUUACUGUAACCACAGCCUAACACUCAAACACACACCAACGCUUUCACUGAGCUACUGUAUCUAAAUCAGACACACCUGCCCACGAAGACCUGAUCAGGUAAACGCUCAAUCUCACGCACGGCACAGCCAUCUGCUUUAAUUCAUCACAGUCUUACACCCUUUCAUACACUGUGGCCUGUAAGUAUUAAACAUUUACCCACACACACUAUACAGAUGGUACGAUGUUAGGAUUGGGAACAAUGUCCUGGUGGUUUAAAUGGGGGGUUCAGUCAGGUGGAAUCAGUCAGUUGGGUAGUGUAACUGCAGUGUCUGGUGGUACAGGACAGGCCACCCCCGAGGCAGGUUACACACAGCUGUCAACUCCUGAGUGUGGGACUGAGAUUCCUUUCACACUAGUAGGUACCUGCUCGUACCGUACACACACAUACACGCACUGCCCUCUUUCACUCUAGUGGGUAGGAUACCUGUUCAUUGCUUUCUUUUAUGUCCCCCUCUCACGCUCUCCUCUGCUUUCUUGCUUCUCUUCUUAGCAAAAGCUGGGAGGGUGUCUUGUCACUAAAUCCCCUCCUACAUCUCUAUUCCUAUCUGAGUUUUAAACAGUGGUAGUUUUAAUAUUCAUAUUGCACUUCUUUUGAUCAGAGCUCUAUGGGCCCUGGUCAAAAGUAGUGCACUAAAUAUGGAAUAGGGUGCCAUUUGGGACACACACUUAGUCUGUUUAUUGUACUUAGUAGAUUCUCCUUGGUCUUUAAUACAGAACAUCAAUAUGACCUAGUUUUUUCCCUCUCUUUGAUCAUCCCUCUUCCUCCCUACCUGGGUAUGACAUGUCAGCACCAAGGCCUCCAUUCCUCAUUCCUUCUGUUCCUCUUUUUCACCUUUUCAGUCAACAUCCCCGUCAGCAUCCUUGUAUCUCUGACUCCUUUUGAUAUGCGUGAGGAAAGGAGCGGAGAGAAUGUCUUGUGUCCCAAAUGGCACCCUAUUCCCUAUGUAGUGCACUGCUUUUGGCCAGGGCACAUAGUGCUCUGUAGGGGAUGUGGUGCCAUUUGGGACAUCGCUAAUAGAAUCACUCAGCUCUCUGACUUCACAGCCCUGUGUUUUUAGUUCCGUAGCUCCGGGGGUCAAAAACAAAGAAUGCCUAUCAUUUCUGAGCAGUCUGCAUGAAUGCCCGUAUACGAGACGAAAGAAAGGCGAGAGGUAUUUUUAGGGCUUUUAGGGCAAAAAUAAUAUUCUGUAUUUUAUCUGUCAUAGAAACUGUUUUGCUCUGCCGCUUUUCUUUUUACUGGGAACAUAAGACGAUACACUUAUAGCAUUUUGUUUUACAACAGUGUUUUGGGGAUCAUAUGGUAGAAACAUCCUUCCAACUGCACGACAACCAAUUACAGUGCAAAAAAGUCAAAUCAAAAGAAAGGAAAUCUCCCAAACUUUCUUCUAUUUCUUUCUAUAUGCCCUCACUCUUAAUCGCAUCUCCACUAACGAAUGCUGACAGAAGGCAGAGUCAGAGCGACAGAAAAUUUGCCCGCGCAGACCGUCAUCUGUCACUGUCCUGAUGAGGAGCACAGUGGGCACCAGUGUCCAGUUCAUCCCCCCCUCGCCCCCCGGGCACGAGACAGACACUGGCCAAAGGGUUCUGCCACACUGGGGCAUCUGGGCCCUCCCCUUCCUCAUCCGUUGCCUUGGUCCUGCCCAGCAGCCAUUAAGCUGCUCCGUUGAGCUAAGUUGCUCAAAAGUUCCCCUGAGCAGAGGGGAGAGUGGAGGAGAGAGUGGGGAGGGGGGGAUGCGGACAUAUUAGCUGUGCAGUGUCAGUCGGGACAUGCUGUCCAUGAGUCUCUGUGCCAUCUCUAAAGCUUCACCAACUAGGCUCUAUCCUAGUUUUGUUAGGCCUUUCAAGUAGAUCAUGGUUUCAGCCCUACCAGAGUUGGUCUGUAACAGAUACUGUACUUUAUAAAGGGAUAGGUUUCUACCGUUAGGUUGAUCUAAUAUGAGUGUGUACAACUUGUGUUAUUUUUUUUAUUUCACCUUUAUUUAACCAGGUAAGCCAGUUGAGAACAAGUUCUCAUUUACAACUGCGACCUGGCCAAGAUAAAGCAAAGCAGUGCGAUAAAAACAACAACACAAAGUUACAUAUGGGGUAAAACAAAACAUAAAGUCAAAAAUACAACAGAAAAUAUAUAUACAGUGUGUGCGAAUGUAGUACGUUAUGGAGGUAAGGCAAUAAAUAGGCCAUAGUGCCAAAUAGUUACAAUUUCGUAUUAACACUGGAAUGAUAGAUGUGGAAAAGAUGAUGUGCAAAUAGAGAUACUGGGGUGCAAAUGAGCAAAAUAAAUAACAAUAUGGGGAUGAGGUAGUUGGGUGGGCUAAUUACAGAUGGGCUGUGUACAGGUGCAGUGAUCGGUAAGCUGCUCUGACAACUGACGCUUAAAGUUAGUGAGGGAGAUAAGAGUCUCCAGCUUCAGAGAUUUUUGCAGUUCGUUCCAGUCAUUGGCAGCAGAGAACUGGAAGGAAUGGCGGCCAAAAGAGGUGUUGGCUUUGGGGAUGACCAGUGAGAUAUACCUGCUGGAGCGCAUACUACGGGUGGGUGUUGCUAUGGUGACCAAUGAGCUACGAUAAGACUGGGAUUUGCCUAGCAGUGACUUAUAGAUGACCUGGAGCCAGUGGGUUUGGCGACGAAUAUGUAGUGAGGGCCAGCCAACAAGAGCGUACAGGUCACAAUGGUGGGUAGUAUAUGGGGCUUUGGUGACAAAACGGAUGGCACUGUGAUAGACUACAUCCAAUUUGCUGAGUAGAGUGUUGGAGGCUAUUUUGUAAAUGACAUCGCCGAAGUCAAGGACCGGUAGGAUAGUCAGUUUGACGAGGGCAUGUUUGGCAGCAUGAGUGAAGGAGGCUUUGUUGCGAAAUAGGAAGCCGAUUCUAGAUCUAACUUUUGAUUGGAGAUGCUUAAUGUGAGUCUGGAAGGAGAGUUUACACUCUAACCAGACACCUAGGUAUUUGUAGUUGUCCACAUACUCUAGGUCAGACCCGUCGAGAGUAGUGAUUCUAGUCGGGUGGGCGGGUGCAAGCAGCGUUCGGUUGAAGAGCAUGCAUUUAGUUUUACUAGUGUUUAAGAGCAGUUGGAGGCUACGGAAGGAGUGUUGUAUGGCGUUGAAGCUUGUUUGGAGGUUUGUUAACAGUGUCCAAUGAAGGGCCAGAUGUAUACAAAGUGGUGUCGUCCGCAUAGAGGUGGAUCCGAGCUUCACCAGCAGCAAGAGCACCAUCAUUGAUAUACACAGAGAAUAGAGUCGGCCCGAGAAUUGAAGUGUUCAUGUGUAUUUAAUAAAAAAAUCAAUGUCAUGGCAUGUUCAUAUACCAGAAAGUUACUUGUUCAAUAACUUGGAGAAAAACUCACAGCUUCUACGCCCCCCUUGCACUCACUCCAUCGCUCUCAUUCUGCCUCUCAUCUUCUUUCUCUCUCUCCAUCUCUCGCUCCCCCUCUAUUCUCCUCUUUUUUUGCACUAUUUCUCUCUGCUUCUCGCUCCCUCUUCAUCUCUCUCGCUCGCUCCCUCUUCAUCUUCUACUUUCUCUCACUUCCUUGCCAUCUCUCCAUCUCUCUCCAUCUCUGUCCAUCUAUCUCUCUCCAUCUCUCUCAUUCUCCCGCCUAUCUUCUACUUUCUCUCUUGCUCCCCCUCUCAUCAUCUCCUGCUUCCUCUCUCUCCCUCUCUUUGUCUCUCAAUCUCUCUCUCCCUCACUCAUCUUCUUCUCUUCUCUUCUCUUCAGGAGCCCAACCCGUUCCUGAACCCUACCAUGGAGGCUGAUGCCCUGCUGAGGAGCCCAGUGCCGCCCGUACCCAGCAAGGACCAGGGCAGGCUGGCUAGCUCCAUCCGCUCCCUGGCACCCCUCCACUUCCCCUCAGAGCUGGUGCCCUUUGACGAGGCCCUCAGGGACAUCGGGACGGGCCGCCCCCUGGCCAGCGCUCAGGACGGGGCCGAUGUGGUGGCUCGGCACGGGGCCCAGCUACUAGAGGUCAAGGCUGCAGAGAGGAGAGGUCAGAUAUGGACCCAAUGAUGUGUAUAAACACUCCUCACCCACCUUCAAUAUAUAACUAGUACAUACUGUACUAUCUACUUUCCUACAGUUUAAUUAAUGCAAUAUUACUCAGGUUGAGAAUGAAGUGGAUCUUUAAAGCAAUGCUUUUAUAACACACCCAAUGUUAAUGUGUUGUAAAAGGUUGAGGGGGGGGGGGGGGGUUAGAGUACAGGAUGCUCUAGUAAUGUUUGUUUGAUACAAUGUGAGCCACACCAGUCCAUCCAGCAGCAACAAAGAUGAAGUAGCCAGCUAUGCUGGUUGAGGAGAUGGCGAUAGUUAGUCCUUGGCCCUAACAGAGACAGGCAGAAGGCUCAAGGCCUGGCUGAUAGCUCUGAGGGAUGGCUACCACAUGGCCCUGGGAACAGUAAGGCUGCCCUAUUGCCUAUAGUAAUGACACCUUAUUCCCCUUUAUAGUACACUACAUUUGACCAGAGCCCUAUGGUUAGUGCACUAUAGGGAAUAGGCUACCAUUUAGGACACAUGGUUACGUAUCCCCACCGCUGUGCUGUGUGACUGAAGAGUGUUUGUGUGGAUUUAUCUCCAUGUUGACAGAGAUGGAGAAGCAGAUGAAGAUUGAGAACCUGUUUGUGACUUGGCAGCAGAGGUCAGCGCAGUCCAACAUGCCCAUCUCAGUAAGUACCUAUCUACCACAACCGUUUUACAUUUACAUCACAUUUACAUUUGAGUAAUUUAGCAGACGCUCUUAUCCAGAGUUACUUAUAGUAGUGAGGGCAUACAUUUUCAUACUUUUUCGUACUGGUCCCUUGUGGGAAUCGAACACACAACCCUGGCGUUGCAAGCGCCAUGCUUUACGAAAUGAGCCACGCGGCACCCUCCAUUUUAGCCAUUUCCAUCCCCAUGAAACGCCUAUGGACACACACACACAAACACACACACACACACGUGCGCACGUGCAAACACACACAACACGGUAAACGACUCUAGUGAGGAGAAAUAUCCGCUGCCCUCUGUCUGACAAUCGGAGCUAUCUACACUAUAUAUACAAAAGUAUGUGGACACCCCUUCAAAUUAGUGGAUUCUGCUACUUCAGCCACACCUGUUGCUGACAGGUGUAUAAAAUCGAGCACACUGCCAUGCAAUCUCCAUAGGCAAAUAUUGGCAUUAGAAUGGCCUUACUGAAGAACUAGGUGACUUUCAACGUGGCACCGUCAUAGGAUGCCACCUUUCCAACAAGUCAGUUCGUCAAAUUUCUGCCCUGCUAGAGCUGUCCCGGUCAACUGUAAGUGCUGUUUUUGUAAAGUGGAAACGUCUAGGAGCAACAACAGCUCAGCCGCGAAGUGGUAGGCCACACAAGCUCACAGAACGGGACCACCGAGUGCUGAAGCGCGUAGGGUGUAAAAAUUGUCUGUCAUCGGUUGCAACACUCACUACCGAGUUCCAAACUGCCUCUGGAAGCAACGUCAGCACAAUAACUGUUCGUCGGGAGCAACAUGAAAUGGGUUUCCAUGGCUGAGGGUCGGCUGGAGUGAUGUAAAGCUUGCCGCCAUUGGACUCUGGAGCAGUGGAAACGUGUUCUCUGGAGUGAUGAAUCACGCUUCACCAUCUGGCAGUCCGACAGACGAAUCUGGGUUUGGCGGAUGCCAAGAGAACGCUUCCUGCCCGAAUGCAUAGUGCCAACUGUAAAGUUUGGUGGAGGAGGAAUAAAUAAAUAAAUAAAUAAUAUGCCAUUUAGCAGACGCUUUUAUCCAAAGCGACUUAGUCAUAUAAUGGUCUAGGGCUGUUUUUCAUGGUUCAGGCUAGGCCCCUUCGUUCCAGUGAAGGGAAUCUUAACGCUACAGCAUACAAUGACAUUCUAGACGAUUCUGUGCUUCCAACUUUGUGGCAACAGUUUGGGGAAGGCCCUUUCCUGUUUCAGCAUGACAAUGUCCCCGUGCACAAAGUAAAGUCCAGAUAGAAAUGGUUUGUCGAGACCGGUGUGGAAGAACUUGACUGGCCUGCACAGAGCCCUGACCUCAACCUCAUGGAACACCUUUGGGAUGAAUUGGAACGCCGACUGCGAGCCAGGCCUAAUUGUCCAACAUCAGUGCCCGACCUCACCAAUGCUCUUGUGGCUGAAUGGAAGCAAGUCCCCCCAGCAAUGUUCCAACAUCUAGUGGAAAGCCUUCCCGGAAUAAUAUAAGCUGUUAUAGCAGCAAAAGGGGUACCAACUCUAUAUUAAUGCCCAUGAUUUUGUAAUGAGAUGUUCGACGAGCAGGUGUCCACAUACGUUUGCAAAUCAUGGAGUUCACACAUGCUGGCAGAGUAUGCACACAGCAACUCAGCAAAUGGUAUCUCUCCAUCUCAAAUACAUUUACACACAUUUGCAUGUGGGCGCAAAUGGUUGUCUGAACUUGGCUGCUAUGCUGUCAGGAAGAUGGGGCUUUUAUGCGCUGUAGCUAAUUGAUGUAUAUUUAACUAUUGCCAUUUUUAGUAUUCUGGGACUUUGGCACAGAGAAGUAAAUACAAUAUUAUUUUUAAGUAGUCUCCAUUUAAAUAUUCCAACUAAUUUACAAAGUUUGCAAGCUGGAGCAUUUGAACAGCUCUUAAUGAGAGACAGUAACUCUUGUUAAGUUGAUAUUCUAGCAGGCAUUGUGGGACUGUAGAGUUCAUAUUUGUGUAGGUAACCUGGGACUCACGAGCACAAGCCCACCAGUGGUUUCAUCAGAGGCACUGCAGCUAUAGACAGGCAGCUAGGGCUAGCACAGUAAUCAUAUAAUCAUGACAAUUAUGGACAAUAACCAUUUACAAAAAAACUAUAUUGUCAUAAUCGUCUUAGUUCAUUCAUUUUAGGUGAAGGGGAUUUAGCUUUAUAUUCAAGUAGAUAUACUUACACUUUUGACAUGAAUAGGGUAAGGUUUUAAGAGCAGAACAGCACGGUUGGAGGAGAGGCUUAGUUUCCAAAAGUUUCGUUUUUGAGACAGGGGUGUCACCAAAGCUGUGUUGUAUUCAUUAGGUAUAUUGCAGCGAAUUUUCAAAGAUGCAUGACAAUGCCGUGUCCAUUUGCAUGACCAUUAAUCGUUACCCAAAAUUCCAUAAUCGUCACAGACAGCACAUCUCUGGAACACACCGGCAUAUCAAUAGAAAAAUCAAGUGUGUUUGACAUUCGUUCAUGUUUUUGAAACACUACACUAAUUUCACAAAAAUGCAAUGUGGUGGGGGUGUUUCCCUGCCUACCUUCAUCAUAAAAGGAAGACUGACGAAAACAACAGUUUCUUUCAUGCCUAAAUAACUGCUGGUUACAGUAGAAACAGUAACAAAAAAACACCACCAGUAGGCCUCAUGUCACUCUCACACACUAGUCAGUCCCAAUUAGACUCAGUCUAUUGAGCUAGUGCCUGAUGAUGACAUUAUCUGUGUUCCCUGUGUGUGCUCCUGCUCCUUCUCUCAGUAUGGUACCCCUCACCAGAGCAGGCUCAUCCAUUAAUGCCCAGUCAGACGGCAGGCUUGCCUAAGGGGACCCCUCUCCCUUCGCUGGCCCCUUAGGUCUCCUCAGAUCCGCCUGCCGGCCCACCUGUGGAUUCCUGACUCCAUCCCUGACAUGAUGGAUUAGAUAUGAGAGGAGAUCACAUCAGCUCAACAUACAGUGUUGUGUUCUGUCUCCCCCUCCCUCAUAUAUCACACACACACACAGACACACACACACACACACACACACACACACACACACAGAGACACACACACACACACACAGAGACACACACACACACAGUCCUAUCUCCAUCUCCAUCUCCAGGCUGCACAGGAAAGAUAGAUGAUAGACGUGUCAAUGAGAGUGAUUUAUAAGAGAGCAACAGAUUAAUGACUGGAUAAAAUGAGCCGUAACAUUUUACCAGUCAGAUUCCUCUGUACUACGCCCAUUAGCUGCAUUGUCGGCAUAAUGUUUAGUAGACGGUUUGAUUGUGUCAUUAGAAAAACCGGUCAUUGAUCUCAAUGGUUGUGAUGGUGGGUAGGUGGCUGUGUGUGUGUUGGUUGUGUGUGUGUGUGUGUGUGUGUGUGUGUGUGUGUGUGCGUGUGUGUGUGUGUUACAGUCUGUGUAUUAACAUUCUUGGGCUUUUGGUAUACACUACCGGUCAAAAGUUUUAGAACACCUACUCAUUCAAGGGUUUUUCUUUAUUUUUACUAUUUUCUACAUUGUAGAGUAAUAGCAAAGACAUCAAAACUAUGAAAUAACACAUAUGGAAUCAUGUAGUAACCAAAGAAGUGUUAAGCAAAUCAAAAUGUAUGUUAUAUUUGAGAUUCUUCAAAUAGCCACCGUUUGCCUUGAUGACAGCUUUGCACACUCUUGGCAUUCUCUCAACCAGCUUCAUGUGGUAGUCACCUGGAAAGCAUUUCAAUUAACAGGUGUACAUUCUUAAUAGUUAAUUUGUGGAAUGUCUUUCCUUCUUAGUGCGUUUCAGCCAAUCAGUUGUGUUGUGACAAGGUAUGGGGGAGGUAUACAGAAAAAAGCCCAAUUUGGUAAAAGACCAAGUCCAUAUUAUGGCAAGAACAGCUCAAAUAAGCAAAGAGAAACGGCAGUCCAUCAUUACUUUAAGACAUGAAGGUCAGUCUAUCCGGAAAAUUUCAAGAACUUUUAAAAUUUCUUCAAGUGCAGUCGCAAAAACCAUCAAGCGCUAUGAUGAAACUGGCUCUCAUGAGGACCGCCACAGGAAUGGAAAACCCAGAGUUACCUCUGCUGCAGAGGAUAAGUUCAUUAGAGUUACCAGCCUCAGAAAUUGCAGCCCAAAUAAAUGCUUCACAGAGUUCAAGUAACAGACACAUCUCAACAUCAACUGUUCAGAGGAGUGUGUGAAUCAGGCCUUCAUGGUCGAAUUGCUGCAAAGAAACCACUACUAAAGGAUACCAAUAAGAAGAAGAGACUUACUUGGGCCAAGAAACACGAGCAAUGGACAUUAGACCGGUGGAAAUGUGUCCUUUGGUCUGGAGUCCAAAUUGGAGAUUUUUUGUUCCAACCGCCGUGUCUUUGUGAGAUGUGGUGUGGAUGAACAGAUGAUCUCCGCGUGUUUAGUUCCCACCGUAAAGCAUGGAGGAGGAGGUGUUAUGGUGUGGGGGUGCUUUGCUGGUGACACUGUCUUUGAUCUAUUUAGAAUUCAAGGCACACUUAAUCAGCAUGACUACGACAGCAUUCUGCAGCGAUAUGCUAUCCCAUCUGGUUUGGGCAUAGUGGGACUAUCAUUUGUUUUUCAACAGGACAAUGACCCAACACACCUCCAGGCUGUGUAAGAGGUAUUUUACAGAGAAGGAGAGUGAUGGAGUGCUGCAUCAGAGAUCACCUGGCCUCCACAAUCCCCCGACCUCAACCAAAUUGAGAUGGUUUGGGAUGAGUCGGACCACAGAGUGCAGGAAAAGCAGCCAACAAGUGCUCAGCAUAUGUGGGAACUCCUUCAAGACUGUUGGAAAAGCAUUCCAGGUGAAGCUGGUUGAGAGAAUGCCAAGAGUGUGCAAAGCUGUCAUCAAGGCAAAGGGUGGCUACUUUGAAUAAUCUCAAAUAUAAAACAUAUUUUGAUUUGUUUAACACUUUUUGGAUUACUACCUAAUUCCAUAUGUGUUAUUUCAUAGUUUUGAUGUCUUCACUAUUAUUCUACAAUGUAGAAAAUAGUAAAAAUAAAGAAAAACCCUUGAAUGAGUAGGUGUUCUAAAACUUUUGACCGGUAGUGUAUAUACUAGAAGAAUUCACAUUCGACUCGAAGACCAUGAAGAGAUGUUUCCUUACUUUCCACAGGUGGUGGACUUGGACACUCUGAAGCAGUCGUCCAGGCUAGUGCACUAUUGUGCCACCCCUCUGCUCUUUGAUCCCGUGUUCAGGAAGCAGAUCCAAGAAGAGCAGAUUGUCCAACCUCAACAGGUCAAGGUACAGCAACCGUGGCUUCUUUCCCUUGGGGCCUAACUCCAACACACAAUCUCCUCAUAUGGUUUUUCACUUCUCUCUUACUUAGAAAGAUGCCCUUAGUUGCAAAAUUUUGGAAACCAUACGUUUUUCAGAAAUCCUGGUUGUAUCCUUUCUGGAAUCAGGAGGGAACAAGCAGCAAUCAUCCAACAAUCUUUCAAGCAGAACCUCUGAAAAACCUGGUAUUUUGCAACUCUAAACAACGAUGGUCACAGUUUGAUGAAACACCCCAGUUCACCCCUCCGCCCCCCCCCCCCCCCCCCCCCCCCCCCCAUCUCCCCCCCCUCUUCAGAAGCGUCAUUGCUCCAGUGACUCCACGGCGUCUGGCAGGGACCGUAGCUACAGUACAGACUCAGCUGAUAUGCUGCCCAGCCGGCUGAGAGAGGAGCCCUGGCUGCAGGACAUCUCUAACACCUUCCUCCAGCAGUAUGUCCAGUACCUCCAGAGUAUGGGCUUCAUUCUGGUCCAGGUCCGGCCACAGUCCCCCGGACGCAGGUACGUCUUGUCUCACUGAGAGUCCAGUGGUCCUCAAAAGUUGUACACACUAUUCAAGUAACCUAUCUUUCUACACCAUACUAGCUCAAGUUUCAAGUGUAUUUACCAUGUGUAAUGAUUACAUUGGAAAACUAACUCACCCGAUCUCUCACAAUAAAAACACAAUUGAAAAUGCAAUAAAUGUCCUUUUUCUCUGAGUUUCCCUCCCACGAUCCUCUCUGUGACAGUGAGUAGAACUGUGAGCAGUAUUCAUUCAUCCAUUAGUCAUCAGAUGUGUUGUGAUCACAUCCUAGCCCUCAAUAGCCACAUCCCUCUGGCCACAGAUGUGAUAUAACUGUAACAGACACUGGGCAGAUGCUGUUUCUGCCUCUCUCGGUCUCUGUCAUCCUCUGGCCCAGGACUGGUUGAUUCACUCUGUUGUGUUGCCAGUCUCUGGGGGUCUGUGGCCCAUGCUGAAAGGAGCAUGCACACACACUCUCUCUCUCUGUGGUCUCUCCUGCUCUGCCUAACCCCUAACCCUGCCUGUCUCUCCUCUCCUCCCUGUAGCACCGCCAGGGCCCGGGCAGCCAUGCUCAGCUCACUCUCGUCAGAGAGGCAGUCCUUCUCCUAUAACAAGGCCAGGAGUGAGGACAGCCCAAAGGUGAGUAGUGUUGAUGCAAGAGAUGAGGAUAUUCGCAUACACUUACACACACACUUUUUCUGACUGAAAGGUAUAGAGGGAUAUCAAUUUCAAUCAAUCAAUUUUAUUUUAUAUAGCCCUUCGUACAUCAGCUAAUAUCUCGAAGUGCUGUACAGAAACCCAGCCUAAAACCCCAAACAGCUAGUAAUGCAGGUGUAGAAGCACGGUGGCUAGGAAAAACUCCCUAGAAAGGCCAAAACCUAGGAAGAAACCUAGAGAGGAACCAGGCUAUGAGGGGUGGCCAGUCCUCUUCUGGCUGUGCCGGGUGGAGGUUAUAACAGAACCAUGCCAAGAUGUUCAAAAAUGUUCAUAAGUGACAAGCAUGGUCAAAUAAUAAUCAGGAAUAAAUCUCAGUUGGCUUUUCAUAGCCGAUCAUUAAGAGUUGAAAACAGCAGGUCUGGGACAGGUAGGGGUUCCAUAACCGCAGGCAGAACAGUUGAAACUGGAAUAGCAGCAAGGCCAGGCGGACUGGGGACAGCAAGGAGUAACCACGGCCGGUAGUCCCGACGUAUGGUCCUAGGGCUCAGGUCUCUCAGUUGGCUUUUCAUAGCCGAUCAUUAAGAGUUGAAAACAGCAGGUCUGGGACAGGUAGGGGUUUCGUAACCGCAGGCAGAACAGUUGAAACUGGAAUAGCAGCAAGGCCAGGCGGACUGGGGACAGCAAGGUGUCAGCAUGCCCGGUAUUGACUCUUACUCUCUUACUCUCUCUUUCUCUCUCUCUUUCUCUGCCUCUCUCUCUUUCUCUGCCUCUCUCUCUCUCUCUCUUUCGCUGCCUCUCUCUCUCUCUCUCUCUCUCUCUCUCUCUCUCUCUCUCUCUCUCCUCUCUCUCUCUCUCUCUCUCUCUCUCUCUCUCUCUCUCUCUCUCUCUCUCUCUCUCUCUCUCUCUCACACACACAAUUCCCUCCAUCAUCAACUCUUGAGAUACUGUUGUAUUUCUCUGCAGAGCACAGGGUCGGGCACCACCGCUUACCACCUCCAGCGGGCGCUGCCAGGGGGCAUCGUACUGAUGGAGCUGGCCUUCCAGGUGAGACUGUUGCCUACAGACCUCCUCCACCCCUCUCUAUAUAUUAUACCUCCACCUCUCUCUGUCUCUCUCCCUCUUUCUUUCUCUCUCCCUCUAUCUCUUUCUCUCUCACUCCAUAUUACACCUCCACCCCUCCUACUCCAUAUUAGCUUAACAUGGGCCUCUGGUUUAAAUGUGUGAUCAUUGUGUGCAGUCUGACUCAAGGCCUUAAAGAUAGAAGAAGUGAGGUGAGGUGAACUGUCUUUUCCUAAUGAGUAUUUUGUGUCUCAUCAUUCUCAGUGUAGGAGAUGUGUUUAGAACAGUUUUAGUCGUUGUAACCACACCACACAAUAUGCGGUAAAAUAUGCACAAUAAAAUCUCUCUCCUCCUUCUCCCUCUCUCUCUCUCUCUCUAUCUAUCUCUCUAUCUCUCUCUCUCUCUUCUCUCUCUCUCCUCUCUCUCUCCUCUCUCUCCUCUCUCUCUCUUUCUCUGCCUAUCUCUUUUCUGCCUCUCUCUUUUCUUCUCUCCUCUCUUCUAUCUCUUCUCUUCUCUCUCUCUUUCUCUCUCUCUCUCUCUCUCUCUCUCUCUCUCUCUCUCUCUCUCUCUCUCUCUCUCUCUCGCUCUGUCUCUCUCUCAGGGUUGUUACUUCUGUGUGAAGCAGUAUGCUUUGGAGUGCUCCCGCAUCCCCAUGGGGCAGACCGUCAACUCUCAGGUAACAUUAUGGCGUCUCUAUCGCUGGUGCUGUGAGUUAGACCACAGAGCCAGGGCCAAAUUAACCAGACCAUAGCCUCUUCUAGGUAAACCUGGGGCUGGGGAAAGAGGGAUGAAUAGAGCGAGAGGGAGGGAGUGAGACAUUUGAUCUCGUAAACAGCUUGAUUCCACAAAUCUCUGGAAACAUUGUCUUGACUUUAUACCCCCCUGGCUAUUAGGAGUCUAAUGGCACACAUAUCAGUAGGCCUAUAGGCUAUGCCUGUGCUGUGUUGUAGGCCUGCCUCUUUAAAAACGGUCAUCUUAAUUGGCGCAACCAUGAACUAGUUCUGUACGAUGGCGAGUGGUGGGGUCGAUAAACCAGAAUUGGAGGAUCCUCCAUCAUCGUUUCAAUCUUCAGUUUGGCAACAUUUUGGCUUCCCAGUAGAUUACAACAGUAUGUCGCCACGCUCAACGAGAAUAGGCUAUGCAUCUUCAAACACCUCAAAUAUGUUGACACAUUUAUGCCGACAUCACACCAGUAUACCAGAGCAAGACGGAAAUGCAAAGAAACAACAUCGUCUCCUCUCUGCAUUCAAGCAGCCCUUGGCAGCUGAUUUUGACCAGGCCAAAUAAGUUCUAAGAGUGAUAGAUAGGCUUUAUAUUUUUUACAGUCUUUCGUUUAUAGCCGCGAAUAUGCACCCAUUCUCGGUGGUUGAGAAUAGGGGGUUUCAGUACGUUGUGAAGAUGCUCGAGCCACGUUCCGAACUUCCUUCUUGCACCCAUUUCAGCAAACAAGUAGUACACGCUCUAUAUAAGCAAACCAAAGCCAACGUUUUCAAUGAAUUUCACAGUGACAGCCCAUCACAUUACCCGGAGUGGGAGAUGUACCGUGCUACAGACAUGCCCCCUUUAUGAGAGUCACAAGUACGCAUCUGGCACUGAAGGAGGCAGUGUCGUGGUGCAUUCGUAACCAAGUGAGAAGUGGGUAUUUACAACAUACGACUGGGAAAAACCCACUUGAACAGCCCUCAAACUGGUAAUUACUAGUGGGAAACUCGUCUAUCAUCCUGAGCACCCACUUCUCGAUAACAGCAUUUUCGGCAGUUAAAUGCAACAACAAAACAUGAUUUUAUAAAAAUAUCUAUAUACAAGCAUGAUAACUGUACUUUUAAUUUAUGGUUGACAGCUUGUUGGCCAUUAGCCAAUCGCCAUUUCUCAUAUGAGUUUAAAUCACAUGAAUGUGUCCAACUGGUAUUUACGACUUCACAACUGGUCAAUUCCACCUCCUACAUGGUUACAAACGCAGCAUCAGAGUUGAAACUUGAGAGGCCCAACAUAACAAUCUGGUCACAACAGACAAUGCAAGGAACAUUGUGAAUGCUGAAUGAACAUUGUGAAUGGCAUUUCAUUUUCCUGGUGUACCGAAACCGAACCGAACCAUGACCCCAAAAACCGCAAUACUUACCGAACCGUGGGUUUUGUGAACGGUUACACCCCUACAGGCUAUGGUGUAAUUAAUUGGAGUCUGUCUUCCCCCCUCUUUCUCUCUCCCUCUUGUUCUCCCUCCCCCCUUCCCUCUCUAGUCCUCCCCCCUCUGUUCCUCCCACCCCCCCCCCCUUAUCUAUCUCCUAGGACUCACAGUUGACUCUCAGGUUCACUCUCUCCCUUCCUCUCUCUCUCUCCCACCCUCUCUCGCUUCUCCUUCUCCUCCCCCCCUCGUCUCUCACUCAAGUACUCUCCACAACUCUCUCUCUCUCUCUCUCUCUCUCUCUCCCACCCUCUCUCUCUCUCUCUCCCACCCUCUCUCGCUCUCUCUUUCCCUCUGUAUGUAAAGCUGGAGUGUAUCCAGGUUUUGCCAUAAACUAGGUGUAAUUCAGUGUAAAGGUGUGUAAAUGAAUGCUGUGUGUUUGCUGAGUGUCUCCAGAUGUCUCUCUGCUGGUAGUGAGGGAAAGCCCCAACAGGUGCCUCUCUUCAGCAGCUGGCCAUCUACAACUAUUAAGACAUCUCAAGUGUUUUUGACGUUUGUUUGUAAAUGUGGGUGCUCAAAGCCGGAAGCUAUGAAACAAUGAAGGAUUGGUGUAGUACUAAACUACAGUGGGAAACUCAGUGAAACAUUUUUGUUGUUGAAAUGACCUACAACUAUAUUAACAAGAGAGGGGAUUUGAAACAGUCUGUCCUCCGUUUCCUUUUUAAGUCAAAUUGUCUUAUAUGAAAGAAAUCAGUGGACUCAGUGGAACAUAAUUUUCACCUCUUUUAGUAAAAUUCUUCAUAAUGAUUGCCUGCCGUGUAUGGUAUUCUGAUCUCAGAAAUAUUCCAGUGCUCAGAUAUAACCAGUAUAUUUCAGGCUGGUAAUUGCUUUGCCAUGUAAACUAAUGGGCAGAGUGUAGUGUGUGUGGGGGUGAGUGGCUAGCUACUGCAGCAGCCCACCCACUCUGAACAGAGCUAAUGGACUGUGGUGUCUGUGGACUAGGGAGAUAUGGAGAUGGAGCUAGCAGCGGUAGGUCUGUUCUCGACUCUAUGCACUAGACUACUGGCUGUGCUCAGCUCGGCGCAGCAUACAGAGUACAGACUGACUGGAUCUCCUGUGUUGAUAGGCUUUUUGUGAUAAGCUCUAUUUCUCUCUCUCUCUCUCUCUCUCUCGCUCUCUCUCUCUCUCGCGCUCUCUCUCUGUCUCUGUGAGAUUACUGUUAUUUAAUAUGAUACAGACCGGCAGACAGAGGACCAUGUAUCAAUGUCAUCCACACCGUUCUCUCCACACCAGUGUUACUAAAUGGCUCAAAGUGAUGCACGUUAGUCUGAGUAAACAAACAACUAUCUCUUUAAUCACUGUAAAUAGUUUGUGAAGAGCCAUCGCGGUUGCAGAGUUCAUCUCGAUGCACAGCAGGGUGGCAGACAUGUUUGUUAAGCACUGGAGUGGAUGAGUGAGAGAUUCAGGGGCAGAUAUGUUUGCCUUUGUGUGUGUGCGUGUGUGGUUUAUAAUUGGAUGCUGUGACCAAUCACCCUCAGUUCCCCUCAGUGUUGACUUUUGUAUUUGUGGCCUGUCUGACCUGCUCAUGCUUGGUGCUCACACACACCCACUAAUUUGUCACCUAUUGUCAUCUCUCUCUUCCAUAUCACUGUAAUCGUAUUAAUGUGAGUGUGUAGCAACACAUUUGUUUGUAGUUGUCUUUGCAUGUGUAAUAGAUCUCAGUAUUGUGACAGUUGUCUGUGUCUUUUGCUCUGUUUGUGUUUCUGUCUGUCUUGUUCUGUGUUUGUCCAUUUCCUUUCCUUCUCUGUGUGUGUGUGUGUGCGUGUGUGUGUGUGUGUUUUUGUGUCUGUCUAGUCCCAUCUCAUAUCCUCUCUCCAUCAGGGCUCCCUCCUCACCAAACCUCUCCGUCUCAAGCCGUUCCCUGACGCCACACCGGUCUCUGACUCU